CCCUGCUUUCGAAAACCCUAACGUAUUCUUAGAAAUUGAGCUCGGAGGAGAACGCAUUUUUCCAAGCUUCCAUCUUUUGUACACGUGGCAGAAGUAAGGAACGGUUGUUUUAGAUCUAAGGAGAUAUAUAUUUAAAGAUAUACCUUAAGAGCUGAAUCUAUGCCUGGAAACGAGUUUGGAGAGAGGAUCCAUAAUUUCUUUGGGCAGGAGGAUCAGCACCAGUCUCAGGCUGUGGACGGAAGCUGGUCAGGUUUUAGUAAUGGUUUAGGUGGGAGCCAGAGGCAGAUAGACCCAUCGCUUGUCUCCAAUCUGAAGAGUUAUAGCACACAACAAUCUGGUGAUCCUGAGAGAGGCCAGUCUUCUAAUUCACAGCAUGGUUUAAAUUUGACUCAGCACUUCUCAACGAAUGGUUACAUGCAUGGGCAAGCAAUGCCGAAUGAGGCAAAUUUUUUGGGAGUGGAUGCAGAACCAAGUAGGGAUAAGUUAUCAGCGAGAGGAUUCAUUCCCGACCUUCAUAAAAGUCCUAUGGGUGGAUCUCCGGUUAAUUAUGAUUUCUUUGGUGGUCAACAACAAUCAAACAGCCAGCUCCCUGGCAUGCUCCAGCCUUUUCCAAGGCAGCAGAUGACGUUCAAUGAUAUGCAGCUAUUAAAGCAGCAAGCUAUGGCUAAGCAAAUGCAUGAUUAUCAAAUGCAACAACAACUUCAAAAGCAACAGCUAGAGACCAGGCAGCUGAAUUAUUUGAAUUCAAAUGCUGUUAAUGGAAGUCUCUCAAGUGAUAAUCAAUCAUAUCCUUUGAUUAAUGGCAUCCCGCUUCAGAGUGCGUCUAGUAAUUCUUGGCAGCCUGAGAUUCUAACAGGAAACGCCAACUGGAUGCAUCAAGGUUCUUCAAGUGGGUUCAUGAGUACCCCUAAGCACGGGCAGGCGAACUUAUUGGCACAACAAUUUGAACCUUCAUUGUAUGGUAUGCCUCUUGGUGGGGCAAAUGCACCUCAAAAUCCCUUUUCUUCCGCUCAGAUGAACAGGUUAGCUUCGCAGCAUGGUUCUGCAAACAAGAAUUCCGCACUCACCAAUCAGCCAACUUCAUUUCUGAAUCAAGGUGACAGUCAUAUGGUCCCUACAUCCACGUACCAGGAGAAGAUGUUGUUCUCCCAUACACUAGUUCCAGGUUCCAGGCCGCCCAGCUCCCAAAGUUUCCAGCAAGAUGAUUCCCGCGAGAGGAACAAUUCAGUGCAGGAGAAAUUUGGUAGGAUGGAAGGUUCUGGUCCAUCAGAAAAGUCACAUAUGAAAGAGCCUGAAAAUAUAACUGCUUUGCAGAAGUCUACAACACUGGAUCCAACUGAAGAAAAGAUUUUGUUUGGUUCGGAUGACAAUUUGUGGGAGGCGUUUGGAAGCAGCGCUGAUAUGAGCUUGACAGGAAAUCUCUUGUCCAGCAAUUCUGACCUUCAUGAUGCGUGCCCCUCUUUGCAAAGUGGGAGUUGGAGUGCUCUUAUGCAAUCUGCUGUAGCAGAAACAUCUAAUGAUGAUGCAGGCGUACACGAAUGGGGCAGUAAACAGCAAUCUGUAUGGGCUGACAACAAUACUGCUCCCCUUGCAAAUUCUUCAAUUACACUAAGUGAGAGAGUCCACAGUGAUUCCAGUCAGACAGCUGUUCAACACAUGCAUAAAAGAGGAAAUCAAGUUUCAGAUCAUGGCCGUUUGGAGAGGCCAGUGGCGCAACGAACUCAAAUGGCUGGAAAUAUUUUUCAGUCAACAGGUUCUAGUUUUGAAGGGCUGAAUAAUCAGUUUUCUCUUCGAAAGAAUGAAGACAAUGAAGAUAGACUUGGUAUCUGGAAGGCUGCUGCUUCUAAACCAAAUGUAGUUGAUCUGAAGGAACAGAAUAAUCAUUUCACACAAAAUCUACAAAUGCAAAGGGCAGGUUACGGAAUUGGCACUGCUGGUGCAGGAAAUGUUUCUAACGUUCCCAGGGAUGUCCGGGGAAAUAUCCAACAGCAGCUAGAUAAUAGUUCUGUGGAAAAAACUAUCCCUCAACUCCAAUCUAGAGACGGCAGUCAGAUUCUUGAGUCAUAUGCAAGUAAUAAUGCUGGAUCGAAUGAAAUGGUAAAAACUCCUGAUGUUUCUAUGUUACUUGGUGGGAAAGAAACACAAUCUGGUCAUGUUGGUGCUCAGCCGUCUAUACCUCGCAAAUUUCAGUAUCAUCCCAUGGGUAAUAUUGAUGUCACCGAUGACCCUGGUCGAGAAAUGUUUUCUCAUUUUGGGCGGGCAAAGACUCUUGGUCAGCCACAUAUGAACAUGCAAAUUGACAGGGGACAUGUUACACAAAACGACUUGAAUUGCACAAAUGAGGCUUUUAAAGGCAUGGGUUCAGAAAAUUCACCUUCUACAUCUGCUUCAGCUGACAAUCAAAUGAAGAGUGCUUCGCCAAGGCUCGAGCUUCUUCACAAGGUUGACCAGUCGCAGGAGCAUUCGUUGGAAACAAAUGUGUCUGGGAUUCCUGAAGCAACACCCUCUACACAAUAUGUUGGUCAGUUUCAGCAUAGUCAGUCAUCUUCUUCUCGGGGAUUUAAUCUACAGCUGGCACCUCCAUCGCAACGAGCUCCCACUCCUGAUAACGUGCAGCUUUCUCGGAAUUCUGUGAAGCCCUUGAAUUCACUUUAUACUGUUCCUGAAAAUGGAGGAAAAAGUCAAUCAAGGUUCGCAUGUAAUCAAUCUUUUCCUCGGCAAUCCACAUAUCAAGGACCAUUGCCUGGUGUCCCAGAGGAAAGCAACAUUACCUCGGGGUUCCCUUAUUCCAGUGGGUAUCACCAAAAUCAACUGAUGUCUGUUGCUACCCGACAGUCAGCUUCUAACCAUUUAGUCAAUUCACCUUCUGAGUUGUUUGCCCCCCAAGUGAAAGAAAGAGAUUUCAGUGACUUUGAUCAACGUGGACAUUCAGCACAAACAUUUUCCCACAACAACACAAGAGAUUCAGGUGAAGGAUUUCCUAUGCUGUCUGUUCCUCAGCCUCCGAAUGCAUCGAGCUCGCCUCAGCAAAGUUCCUCUUCUGGUACGAGGUCUGACUCACGAGCUGGUAUUUCUGCUCCCCAACAUCGGUUUUGGAACCAGCCAUCUAAGCCUCAGCCAGAUUUUUUGCGGCCGCAUCCUUUGUCCAGCAACAACAUAGAAGACAGCUUUUCAGGGCAGGAGAAGACAAAUCAGUUAUCGUCCCAAAAUGGAGGAGACGUGUCAUUAAGUGGGAGGGACAUCGUGAAUAUGCAUGCGUUUCAGGGUAAAGAUAUGGGUGCAAAACAAACACCUGAUACUGCGUCAAUGUUCUCCAGUAUGAUGCAGAGCAAUCAUCAAACCUUUGGUGGUUCUCUUCCUUCAAAUAACUUUCCCAAGGAUAGCUUCCGUCACGAUGAGCAUAUGGCAGGAAGUGGGGAAGAUGAGGCACCCAAGAUGAUUGUUAAAAGAGUUGAGGCUACUGUUGAUCCUCAAAAGGUUGCUUCCAAAGAGGAGCAACAAUCACCUGCAAGAUCUGAUGGCUUAGUUAGAGAUGGAUUCAAUCACAAGGAAUCAGCAAAGAAUAUGGUGCAUUUUGGCCAAAAUGUUUCUCAGAGUUUCUCCAACAAGAAUCAUUCAGCCUCGGCUGGAGCAGAUCAUCAACAAAUCAGUCCUCAGAUGGCCCCAUCAUGGUAUAGUCAAUAUGGAACUUUCAAGAACGGAAUAGUGCAACCCGUGAAUGAUACGGGGAGAUUCACCCCUUUGAAGAUAGGUGAACAAUCUUCUAAUGUUGGGAGUUCGGCUGAUGGCUCGCAUUCUGUUCAGUCUUCGAAGCAGUUUAGUAUACAGAGAAUGUCAGGCCCCAUACCAGGAGCGGAAACUCCUUCUGACUCAUUGGCUCAUGGUGAAACUGACAAAGUUCUGAAGGUUGAUAAACCAAAGAAGCGCAAAACCGAUACAUCAGGACUUCAAUCUUGGAAUAAAGAAGUCAUGCAGGGUCCUUCGAGGCUUAAGACUCUCGGUGAGGCUGAGGUUGAUUGGGCCAGAACAACUAAUCGUUUUCCUGAAAAUGUGAAAUUUGAGACUUUACUUGAGGAUGGCUCACUACUCAGAUCAAAGAGAAGGCUUAUAUAUACAACACAACUCGUGCAACAACUAUUUCGCCCCCCUCCUGCCAGGGUGGUAUCGUUGGUUAGUAGCUCAAAUUAUGAGUUUGUUGCAUACACUGCUGCAAGAGCUGCGCUAGGAGACGCAUGUAGUUCCACGUGUACUGACAGAAGUGACUAUUUCUCGCCCCCGGACAAUUCAAACCCUUUGUCUGAGAGAACCAAAACUGAAAAAAUCAGUGACCAGCACAUCUCCAAAGCCGCUGAAGAUUUCAUUAGUAGAACACUGAAACUAGAGACUGACUUUGCAAGACUUGAAAAUGGAACUACAAUUGCAGACUUGAGAGUCGAAGUCGAGGAUCUAGAGAAGUUUGCAGUGAUCAAUCGUUUUGCGAGGUUCCACCCAUCAUCAUCUAUGGACCGGACAGUAAGUCCAGUUAGGUUAAACUCACAAAGAUAUGUUACGAUAGCUCCAAUGCCACAGAAUAUUCCAGACAGGGUACAAUGUCUCUCCCUCUAA